GUAGAGCAAUACAGCAUGGCGGACUCAUUUGAAGGUGUACUUUGACAGGAUUUUCUCAUGGUGGACGAUGCGGGGACCAUUUAUUUGUUUGAUAUAUUAGUGGGCCAAGAUUAUGGCGAGUACUAGGCGCCGUGUCAAGCUAUAUACAUUAAAUGAAGACCGGCAGUGGGAUGACCGUGGUACGGGGCACGUGUCGUCGUCGUAUGUUGAACGUUUACAAGGGAUGUCGAUCAUGGUUCGAUCAGAAGAAGACGGUUCAAUUCUACUCGAGUCAAAGAUACAACCUCACACUGCCUAUCAGAAGCAGCAGGAGACGCUAAUUGUGUGGUCAGAAGGCGACAACUACGAUCUGGCUUUAAGUUUUCAAGAGAAAGCUGGCUGCGAUGAGAUUUGGGAAAAAAUUUGCCAGAUCCAAGGGAAAGAUCCGUCUGUAACCAUUACUCAGGAUAUACCAGAGGAUGACGAUUCGGAAGAGCGUUUUGAAGAAGUGCUCGACUCGACAGGCCCAAUUGAAUUACCGCCCUGUGAACUUAGUAAACUGGAGGAAAUCGCCGAGCUAUUUAGUAGUGUGUUGCCAUCACCAAUUCGCCGGGAAAAAUUGGCAUUGGCAAUUGAGCAAGACAAUUACAUUAGAAAAUUACUGGACUUGUUCCACAUCUGCGAGGAUUUGGAGAACUUGGAUGGACUUCAUCACUUAUAUGAUAUUUUUAAGUCAUUGUUUUUCAUGAACAAGCCUUCAUUGCUGGAAAUCAUGCUUGCAGACGAUCUUGUAUUCGACGUUGUUGGAUGUUUGGAGUACGACCCGAGCAGAGCUUCUCCUCAACGGCAUCGAGUGUUUUUGAAGGAAAGCGCGAACUUCAAAGAAAUUAUUCCCAUAUCAAACCCGGAUUUAAUAAACAAGAUUCAUCAAACUUAUCGUGUACAGUACAUUUACGAUGCUAUCCUCCCCCCGCCGUCGAUUUUUGAGGACAAUAUGCUGGCUUCUGUGAAUUCGUUCAUACUUUUUAACAGAAUAGAAAUAGUAACUCAUCUUCAGGAGGAUGAUAAAUUUUUAGCGGAUAUGUUCUUACAACUCACUGAUGAGGAUACACUGGAAGACAGAAGAAAACAACUUAUAAAUUUCUUGAAAGAAUUAGUCAGCUUCUCCUUACACUUACAAAUUCACCAGAAGGAUGAAUUUUUUAAGGCUCUUGUACACCAUGGUUUGUUACCUGCCAUGGAAAUGCUUCUGGUCAGUGACUGCGAAGAGAACAGGCUCUCAGCUGUGGAGAUGUUUUCACAAGUUGUUGACAUCAGCCCCUAUCUUGUAAGGGAUUUCAUCAUGAAGGAGGGACAGACACAGGAAGAGGACAUGCUCAUCAACCACAUUAUUGACUUCAUGAUAUGUGACGGUGAUACAGGAAAUGCCUUUCAACUUUCUCAGCUGAUAAGAACUUUGCUGGAUCCAGAAAACAUGGCAUUAGGAGCAAAUAAAAUGGAGAAGUCUGAAUUCUUGAGUUUUUUCUACAAACAUUCCAUGCAUGUGAUGACAGCACCUCUCUUUGCUGCAACCAGUGAUGACAAGCCAAGCAAAGAUGAUUAUGUCAACAGCGUGACACUUGGACACAUUUUAGAACUGCUGACAUUCUGUGUUGAACACCAUACUUACCACAUAAAAAACUACAUCAUUAGUAAAGACCUCCUAAGAAGAGUGUUGGUGCUAAUGAAAUCGCAACACAAGUUUCUAGUUUUAAAUUCACUACGCUUUAUGAGAAGAAUAGUUGGUUUAAAAGAUGAAUUCUACAACCGUUACAUCAUCAAGGGACAGUUGUUUGAUCCAGUUGUUACAGCAUUCAAAAACAAUGGACAGAGAUACAAUCUUCUUAAUUCUGCCAUCGUAGAGCUCUUUGAAUUUAUCAGAGUGGAAGAUAUAAAGAGCCUCUGCUCACAUGUUUGUUCCAAAUACACGCCGUUUUUUAAAGAGGUUACAUACGUAAGCACAUUCAAAGGGAUUCUGCAAAGAGAUGAACAGGAGCUGGAUAGAAAACAGAACAGGAUGCUUGAGAGUAGGGGUCCCUUGAAUCACGGCACUAUCCAUGUGAACAGCCGGUUUAGACGAGAUGUGCGGGCCCUCGAUGAGGACGAAGAACUAUGGUUCGACCAGGAAGAUGAAAAUGGAGAGGAAAAUGUCACGCUUGAUCAAAGUGACCUUCUUAACGAGGACUCGUCUUUUAAAAAUCGAAAAACAUUCGUCAACGAAAAGGCACCUCCCUCAAUCGUCAAUAACAAGCGGCCAUUAGUUGGACUUGUUGACUAUCCUGAUGAUGAGGAGGAAGAAGAGGAAGAAAGUGAAACGACGAGCCCUGCGAAAAGAGCGCGGCUAAAUGCCUCCUAGCACCUGCCUUUAAGCCUCGUGUGUGUUGCCUGCUGCCCAGGGAAAUAGGAGAGAUGUACACGUAUGCGUGCAUGACAGCACCGCGUGACUCCGUGACAUGCCAAGAGCGUGACAAUAGAUCGAGUGAAAUAGAGUCAAAAGACGUUUUCUUGCUUAAUGGACAGGUUGAUCCUUGUUAAGUUACUCUUUCUGCUGGAGAUUUCAGCUCUGUGUAUCUAUCAUUACGUUGUUUAUCUUAUGUUUAUUUUAGUAUCUCUCUUGUUUCAACCAAAAUGAUUCUUAUUAGCGGUCCUAUGUUAAGUCAGAACUAAAUUUUGUAGUGUU